AUGGCAACUGUAGACUCGUCCUCACUGGUGGUGCAUCCUGGUUUAAAUGACAGAUAUAGUUGUGUAUCGUCUGCAUACGCAUGUAUAGAGGAAACCAAAAUUGCGUCAAAACAUAGCGAAAACACAGAAAACAGCAAGAAAGAAACGAUCAUUUUAAUUGAAGAAGACAUCCCUGGCGCUACUUAACCGCAUAAUACUGUAGAAGCAUGUAUGGUUAACGUGCAGAGGGGCAAAAAGAAUGCUUUUAUAAACAGGGUGAAACACUACAUAGACAACGGCCUCGACAAGAGAUACCUCCGCGAUCCCGAUGGCGGCGUGCAUAUUAUGAAGAAGAAAGCCAGCCUUGGUUUGAUGAGCGAAAACGAACCUAAAUUGGAUGAUAGUCUUCCCAAGGAAGGAUUCAAAUGUGAUCUCAGCGAUAUUCCAAAAGUAUCAUUUGGAUCAAUUUGGAGAUAUAUGAUUGACGCAGUUCAAUCGAAAAAACAGCUUUCCACAGCAAAACCUCUCGUAAAAGGUUUUAACUUCUACAAGUCCGGACAAGUGCUAGCUGUUUACCAUCAAAAACGAAAUKGUAAAAACUACCUUAAAAGUCAAGUUCUYCCUUCAAUGAAGAAAGGCAUUAUAUAUCAGUGUAACAUAGUGAUGUCAAGUAUUGGUGGUGUUUUGAAAGCACACUGUGGUUGCCCAGCUGGCAUAGAUGGCAGGUGCAACCAUGUGUCAGCUACACUGUUUUCUCUUGAGGAGUACUGCAAGGAAAGAGAGAGAAACAGCAGGGAAUCAUGCACUUCAAAUCCAUGCAAAUGGAAUAUACCAAGAAAGAGAAAAGGUCCAGUAACUCCCAUUGCAAAUAUUACAUUUAAAAAACAUGACUACAGUAAAAAAAAAAAAAACAAAAAAAAACUGGAAAGUUCCCCAUUACUAGCACCAGGGAAAGAUGUAAGAGCUGAACACCAGAGGGUAUGGACACCAAGCAAGAUUUCCAACAUGUUUAACAGUAUUGAGGCAUAUCAGGUGAAAAUUGGAAAUGUAGUUGCAUGGAGCCACAUUCUGCCACAAGAGACAAAGGAAAGAACAGAUGAGUCAGUUGGGCCAGCUGGACUUUUUAUCAGUCAAUCUCAUGGUUUUCUGGCAGCCACCCCAGAUGGCCUGGUUACAGAUCCCCACUCCCCACUACCACUUGGACUUCUUGAGAUGAAAUUCAUUCAAUUGAAUGAUAACGAGAACUUGGACAAUGUACUGCUUCAAAAGAGAAUCUGCACGUCUGCUGGUAAUGAUAACAGCCUGAAAAUAAACAACCACAAGUAUUACUACAGGUCCAACAGCAAAUGUUUGUUACCCAGUUGA